AUGGGUGACAAAGAAGCUGCCUUUGACGAUGCUGUGGAAGAGAGGGUCAUCAAUGAGGAGUAUAAGAUAUGGAAGAAAAACACUCCAUUUCUCUACGAUCUGGUCAUGACUCAUGCUCUGGAGUGGCCCAGUCUUACUGCCCAAUGGCUGCCAGAUGUCACCAGACCAGAAGGAAAGGACUACAGUGUACACAGACUGGUGCUGGGGACACACACCUCUGAUGAGCAGAAUCACCUUGUGAUUGCUAGUGUUCAGCUCCCCAAUGACGAUGCCCAGUUUGAUGCCUCCCAUUAUGACAGUGAGAAAGGAGAGUUUGGCGGUUUUGGUUCUGUGAGUGGAAAGAUAGAAAUUGAGAUCAAAAUCAAUCAUGAAGGAGAAGUAAACAGAGCACGCUACAUGCCCCAGAACCCUUGCAUUAUUGCCACCAAGACCCCCACCAGUGAUGUGCUGGUUUUCGAUUAUACUAAGCACCCUUCUAAACCAGAUCCUUCGGGAGAGUGCACUCCAGAUCUUCGCUUGCGAGGUCACCAGAAAGAGGGCUACGGCCUCUCCUGGAAUCCAAACCUAAGUGGAUGCCUCCUCAGUGCUUCAGAUGACCAUACUAUCUGCUUGUGGGACAUAAGCACAGUGCCCAAGGAGGGAAAGAUCGUGGAUGCCAAGACUAUCUUCACGGGCCACACUGCCGUCGUAGAGGACGUGUCCUGGCAUCUCCUCCACGAGUCACUCUUUGGGUCUGUGGCUGAUGACCAGAAACUCAUGAUCUGGGACACACGAUCCAACAACACCUCCAAGCCCAGUCACGCAGUGGAUGCUCACACUGCUGAGGUCAACUGCUUGUCUUUCAAUCCUUACAGCGAGUUCAUACUGGCUACUGGCUCUGCAGACAAGACCGUGGCGUUGUGGGACCUGAGAAAUUUGAAGCUGAAACUGCACUCUUUCGAAUCUCAUAAAGAUGAAAUAUUCCAGGUGCAGUGGUCUCCCCAUAAUGAAACUAUCCUGGCUUCAAGCGGCACUGACAGAAGGCUAAACGUGUGGGACCUUAGUAAGAUUGGCGAGGAGCAGUCACCUGAGGACGCAGAGGACGGCCCUCCUGAGCUGCUGUUCAUUCAUGGUGGACACACAGCAAAGAUAUCAGACUUCUCUUGGAAUCCCAACGAGCCGUGGGUCAUUUGUUCUGUGUCUGAGGACAACAUAAUGCAAGUGUGGCAAAUGGCUGAAAACAUCUACAAUGAUGAAGAUCCAGAAGGUGUAGCAGAUUCUGAAGUCCAGGCAUGA